GCCACCUGUCAGUGUCCAUCAGUACCAGCUGUCAGUGCCCAUCAGUGCCACCUGCCAGUGCCCAUCAGUGCCUCAUCAAUGCCACAUAUCAGUGCCUACCAGUGCACAUCAAUGCCACAUAUCAGUGCCCAUCUGAGCUGCCUUUCAGUGUCACCUAUCAGUGCCAGUCAGUGCCACCUAUCAAUGCCAGUCAGUGCCACCUAUCAGUGCUACCCAUCAGGGCCACCUAUCAGUGUCCAUCAGUGCAGCCUAUCAGUGCCCAUCAGUGUAGCCUCACUAGUGCACAUCUGUGAAGGAGAAAAAUCACUUAUUUACAAAAUUUUAUAA